AUGGAUUACUCAGUUGGUUAUUAUGGUGAUUGUAAUAAAACUAGGUUCUCGGAGAAACGUGUGUCGCAGUGGGAAGCACUGAUGAGGAAGUUUUCAGAAGCUCACAAAGAAAAAUGCAAAACAGUGUCAGUGGACAUACCUCGGGUCCCACGGUCGAUCAAGCAGUUUCCCACUGGAUCACAAUACGAAGGCACUUGGGACGUAUUGGGAAUGAGCGGAGUGGGAAUAUAUACGUUUCCUAACGGUGUCAUAUAUGAAGGGGAAUUCAGCGACGGUAUGUUCCACGGCGUUGGGGAACUACGGUACCCAAGUGGAGUCAUUUUGAAAGGCAAAUGGUACAAAGGAGAAAUGGUGGAGAGGACGCUCAUAUUUGCAGAUGGCCUCCAAUAUAGUGAUACAGACUGGAAAUACUGUCAAAUGCCUGAUAGAAGGUUUACAAUAGAAUAUGAGAGAGGGUUACAACCGGCCGGUCAGUCUUAUUUGACCGCUGAUCAGCCUACUAGGAAGAUACCACCAGGAUAUUAUGAUACAGGAGACGGUUUUUACGAUCCCAAAACUAAAACAAUCUACAAAGCUGAUGAAAUUACUGCUAUUGUCAGGUCACCAUCUGUUCUUGAGCAGAAAUGGAUAAUAGAAAAUUGCCGUACCUGUCUAGAGAGUGAAGUGGGGCCACGGACAGACCUAUACGAGGAAUGGUCCGAGCCCCAAGUGGAACCCAAACAGUCCCCGACCCCAGCAUCAUCCUCUCGAGUCCCAGCGCCACCAAGUUCUCACCAGUACCUUAAUGACGAUAAUGAGGUGCAACAAGAGGAUUUUUACAAUCCAAACUGGAAGUGUAAGAACCAAGUGCCCAUGCAACCCGUGCAGUCUUCAGAUCAUAAGCGCAAACAUACCUACCCUGAUUAAUUUUAGAUUGGUACCAAGGUAGUAAACAAAGAUCCUACUGGUUAGGUAUCUAUUACCUACCAGGUAACUAUGCAUUCAAUAUAAAAGGGAAAUAUUGUAUUUUGAAACUUGUAUGCAUUGUACUUUAAUAUUUUUGAUUAUAUACAUUAGUCUAAUUUUAUUAUUAUAAC